CCGGCAAGACGCGAAUUCUUCUGCAGUACUCGCGUGCCACUCUCUCUUUCUCACUCGCUCGUAGACCGUUCGCGACUGAGUUAUAUCUUGCCGCAGACAUCGGCAGCCAGUUAGUUUAUAUUGGCAAGGAUAUCCCGAUAUCAGUACUUCAAGCAAGUGCAAGUGCCGAGUCGAGUGCAUGUGGUGCAGCAUGGAAUCACUCACACUCACUGCCUGAGUGCGGCGUGUGUUUAGUGGGUUCGCGUUUUCGUGCCGGUGAAUCAGCUGUGACAGGUUGACCUUUGACGUCGCGACGCCAAGUGCUAGACGACGGUGCGUUCUACAUACAAGUGGCGCGGAGGGAAAAAAGCAAAACAACAACCGCCGGAAAAUUCUGCAUGUGCAGAUUUGCAAACCAAGUGAUUCAAACGCAAUUAAAAUAGAUAGCGACCAAUUUGCUACCGACCGGCCGACUUUCCACCCGAAACUGUGUGAUUUGUGUGUAAGAAUAAUUCGCGCUCGUGGCAUGCAGCAUGUGAUUUAGCGACCUUUUACGUAUGUGCAAGAUUUGUCCUAAAAGUGACGGUUACCGUUUGUCGUGAACAGACGUGUGAAGAUAACAACGAUAACGGUUGUGUCUUUUUCUUCUUAGUAAGUGUUGUGCGGGAAACGUAUGCUGAUAUGAUGAAUACUAUGCUACGGUUGAGUGUAUUGCCAUUUCUCAGACCAAACUGAUCGUCUAGGCGCUACAAUAACCCUCCUCUGGCAUAUCAACUCGACAUCAGUUGAUUCAGUCUGUAACGUAACUUCUAUUGAUAAAAGUCAAGGCAAAUGGAUACAUAAGUGUUGUGCGGGAAACGUAUGCUGACAUGAUGAAUACUAUGCUACGGUUGAGUGUAUUGCCAUUUCUCAGAACAAACUGAUCGUCUAGGCGCUACAAUAACCUGUCUAUUACUUUAAAGUUACUGUUGGAGUGAGAAGUUCGUUUCAGGAGAGCACCAAAAAAAGAUGAAUAGUCGAUUUGGAGUGCUGCACGUGGCAUCCCUGCUGUUGCUGGUGAGUAGCCAAACGUCGCUGAUAAUCUCGGCGAAAACGUUCAACAAAGACUGGACGGCCGGGAGAGUGGAAGCACUGAAUGGUCUCUGUGCCCGCUCCCGGGGCACACCACCGGAGGAGGCACAGCAACGGGCAGCGAUCGAAGAAUGGUCCAACACGGUGCCGGCAACGAUCCUGGUGGAAGAUGAACCAGUGCUGAUGGUGGCCAACGAAAGCAGAAUGAGAUAUGUGAUUCGUCUUACGGAAACUCAUCCUCUCUCCAUCGUCAUCACUCCAUCCUGCACGACUACCUCCGGUGCGGAGAUCCGGUGGACGGUGGUCUACAACGAAACCACUAUCCUUAGAAGUAACAAUGCAUUGAAACGAACCACAUUCCAGCAAUCCUGUGCACCACGUGGUUUAUACCAUGUCUGGGUCGAUAUCACCGAUACCAACUAUUGCGCAGCGGAGAUCUCCUACAAUACUCGCAGCUUAGUAGACCUAUGGCCACUAUUGAAUCGCACCGCACUUUCUCCAAUUAAAUUUCACCAACAUCCACGAAAGCAUCAGCUAUUAGUCAAGUGGGAAAAGAGCAAAUUUGAUAUUCACGCAAUGCACUACUGCUUGGUAAUCAGUCGGGAUAAUCCACAACGAACGCUGUGCCAAGCGCUAGGAAAUUCACAACUUGGAAUGAAAUGUACUGCAUCAAACAUGGAAAUUCUACAACGAAUCAACGUCGAAGAAGAGAAAAAAGUUCCACUUGAUGCGAAAGCUACCAUCGCUUGCACUGGGGUGCGCACAAAGCAGCUAAUCAAGGGUAUGAAGUCCAAUACCACCUACUAUCUAGAUGUGUUCGCAAUUCACACUCAGAAGAACAAUCUAUCCUACCUACUUGGAUCAACAAUGAUCCACGUAAAUCGAACCCGCCCGACUCAACUUCUGGAAGGGAAACUAUUCAUCGGUAAACUUUCCACCCUCGGAGGACUAACCCUGUUCAGUUUCAAAGUCCCAAAGCGGUCACCGGUCAACAGCACACUGAAGCUUUUAAUAACACCGUGCGGCGGCACGGUCAACUUGGAAAUUUACCGCAAGAAGCGCCUAUUGCUGAAACCGAUCGUUGACAUCUACUAUCCUAGGGUCAUCAACGUAGGCCCUGCCAUUCCGGGGGAACGUUAUCUGAUGCAGAUCUCCGAAGCGGAUGAACAUUUUCGCACCAACAGGAUACAGAUUGCGGUUACAACGAAGAACGAGUUCACUAACUUACCACAGCUGCCCGCCAACACAACGGUGGCUGAGUUGACGCAGCUAAGAAGCUGCCAUGCAACUACUAUCGCUUGGUAUAGCUCACCGGAUAAGAGGAAGAUAAGAUAUUGCACAUACAUAUUCAAGCAGCACACGAAACAUCAGUACUAUAGCAAUAUCAAAAUGCCAUCCUACUGUGAGCUGGAGAGCCGAGACAUUUACUACCACCCUCAGCUGCAGCAAAUGCAUUGUAUCUUCGCCGAUCAAAUCAACUACACCGAAAUUUCGCCGAAAUCGAUGUCCAUCAGUAACCUGGCACCGGCCCACUACUAUCUGAUCUUCGUGACGGCCAGUCUGGGAAAUGGGCGCAGUAUACCGUACCGAUCGGCGCGAAUAAAGACUCAUCCGUACUGCCGCGAGAACGAACCCGCUCUCAGUCAUCAACAGCAAAGGUUUCGCGGUGUUCCGGUGGUAAAAAAGCCACAGCAACAGCAGCACUUCCGAAGCAAUAGCAGCGUUAGUAUGUUGAAAUCGGGCGGCUCUUACAAACAGAAACAGUUGAACGACCGGAGAAACAACCGGCUUAGAAGGGAUGACAAAUAGAAAGGGGUACAUUUUCGCAUUACUUUCAUUCUGAGCCAUAUACAUAUUUUUUUGGUUUAAAAAAAACAGAAACGGUUCAAAUAGUUCACAGGCAAAAAAUCACCCCACCAAAGACAAGUGUGCGCAAAGAUAAAUCCACUCUAAUUGAUUUGGCACAGGAUCAAAGCCGGGCAGACUAAUUCCUGUAAAAUCAGACGGGACGCUAGCGAUGGGAAAUGGAGCUCUGAUUUAUAGGGUUUGCUCAUCCCUGUAUUGCCACACACAGAAUCUGAUGUUUGCCGUGUUAUGGUGGUUCCAAAUUCAAGUUGAACGCUUAUCUAGUAGCCACCCAGGUCGAUGAAUAAGAGAAAUCGCACGAAUCUUAAAGAAUUGUUGGUAUAGCUAUUGGCAUCUUUUUCGAAGAUUUGUUCGAGCAAAACCAUCAAUCUAGCAUAAAAAGCUCGUUUAGAAACCCCUUAACAAACUAUUCACGGGCAGGCUCUCGGUGCCACCCUACCACACAUACUCGACUUGGGGAAAGGCGUUUAUUGGCAGUUAAAUUUUUGUUUUAUCCACGAGAGAAAAAAACGCACCAGUCAAGUUACUACUAGAAAACGAUUUAUUUUCAUGCGACAGCAUGCGGAGCUCCUGUAAGUGUGGUGUUCCGUACUAGGGUACAUAUGUAGAUCAUAUACAUAUAGAGACAAAGUUUGUCGGAAAAAGUGAAAUAAAAUUGUAUUGCUUUAAUAAAUUGGGCAGUGAGACAAGUGAGAGGGCUCGAAGCGUAAAAGUUAUAAAAUUUAUUACAGCCAAAAGGAUAUUUCAAUCAUAUACUUACUUUAACGCACAUACGAAUAAGUGUAGCUUUCAAGUGUUUGCCAACAAGUAGCAGUAUAAUAGAUGACGAAUAAUUGUUCUUUGUUGUAGAGCUUUAGCGGUAUAGUUUUUUGUAUAGUAAACUUAAGGAUCACAUUUACUAAAAUGACAAAUAGUAUAAGAUAGACAGCAUGAGCAAUGUGUACUUAGAUUUAGGAGUAAAUUCCUGAAUGUAUGACGUUUAGUUUGACAGCAUUAUGCUUAUAUAUUGGUUUUAUAAGCAUUGCCAUACUUCUAUUCUUCGGAAGAAUAUUUAUUCAGCAAUAUUUGGAAAUAUUGUGAUUCAUUGUAAGAAUUUCGACAAAUA